CGGCAAUUCAUUGUCUUUCAAUAAUAACGACACAAAUAACGUCUUGUAUUGCAAUUGAUUUGAUUUUGAAGCGACUUUUGGAUCAAAUAAUAGUGAUUGCAAUGAAAAGAAGCGAAACAUCUGACGGACACAAUGACGGACACAAUCACACAAAGAGGUCCAACACUUGGGUCUCGUAUGCAUUGUUAAACUCGAUGAAAGACAAGUCCAUUAUUGUCUUAAAGGAUGAGUUGAUUACUAUAAUCAAAGAUAAAUACCCAAAGUCAAGACAUCAUCUGCUGGUCAUUCCCAACAAGUAUUCACAUUUAGAUUCAGUCGAAGACUUGAAUGCAAAUGAUGUCCAACUCAUUGACUACAUGACAGCCAAAGCGAAACAAAUAUCACAAGACUUGGAUCCGAGUAUUGAAUUCCGAUUCGGUUUCCAUACGAUUCCGAGUCAAAGACCAUUACAUCUUCACGUCAUUAGUCAAGACUUUGACUCCAAGUAUCUCAAAACCAAAAAGCAUUACAACUCCUUUACCACCCGUUUCUUCAUUGAUUCCAAGCAUGUGAUCGAAAAUCUCAAGAAUACUGGAAAAGUGGAUACCAUUGCGAGACAAGAGUGCGAACAACUCUUAAAGCAGGACUUGAUUUGUCAUUUUUGUCGAUCAAAAUUGUUAAAUAUGCCUAAUCUUAGGACCCAUUUAUUGACUCACUUUCCCGUUUAAAUUGCAAUUUAUUUUAUUUGUGCCUAAAUUAUAAUUACAUUAAAUUAUUUUAUUUUUGUCUAAAACUAAA